UUCACCACGAAAAUAUGCACUCAUCAACACUCUAAAGAAAAUCACAAAAACUCACCGUUUUGAGGGCAUUCUCUCAUCCUAUUAUUUGUUGGUCUGUUUGAUUUUAUCUUUUUUUGGCGGGUGGAGUUGCUAAUGGCUUCCACCAUCACCACCACCACCACCGCCGCCGCCUCAGUGCCGCAAUUGAGUGUCUUUAACGGCGAUUUGUCUUCCAAGAUACAUCUUUUUAUCUCUCCCCUCACUCCUUUUCCUGCUUCCAGACGAAGACGACGCCGUUUCAUAUGCCAAUCGACUAAUACUGAAAAACCGAAGUCAAGAAACUUAUUCGAUAAUGCAAGCAACAUAUUGACAAAUUUCUUAAGUGGUGGAAACCUUGGGUCUAUGCCAACAGCUGAAGGAGCAGUAUCUGAUUUGUUUGGUCGGCCUCUCUUUUUUGCUCUGUACGAUUGGUUCUUAGAGCAUGGAUCUGUAUAUAAACUUGCUUUUGGACCGAAAGCCUUUGUCGUUGUGUCAGAUCCUAUUGUGGCAAGACAUAUUCUUAGAGAAAAUGCAUUUUCUUAUGACAAGGGAGUUCUUGCUGAAAUCCUUGAACCAAUAAUGGGUAAAGGACUUAUACCUGCCGACCUUGAUACUUGGAAGCAAAGAAGAAGAGUUAUUGCUCCUGGUUUUCAUGCCUUGUACUUGGAAGCCAUGGUUAAGGUUUUUACUGACUGUUCUGAGAGAACGACGUUGAAGUUCGAGAAACUGCUUGAAGAUGUACAUGUGCAGGAUACCAUUGAGCUGGAUCUUGAGGCAGAAUUUUCAAGUUUGGCACUUGAUAUUAUUGGACUUGGUGUCUUCAACUAUGACUUUGGUUCAAUUUCCAAAGAAUCUCCAGUCAUAAAGGCAGUCUAUGGGACUCUUUUUGAAGCAGAGCAUAGAUCAACUUUCUACAUUCCUUACUGGAAGCUUCCUCUUGCAAGUUGGAUAGUACCGAGGCAGCGGAAGUUCCAGUAUGACUUAAAGGUCAUCAAUGAUUGUCUUGAUGGACUCAUAAAAAAUGCCAAAGAGACCAGAGAGGAGACGGACGUUGAGAAACUGCAGCAAAGGGAUUAUUCAAAUCUUAAGGAUGCUAGUCUUUUGCGAUUCUUCGUCGACAUGAGAGGCGCUGAUGUUGAUGAUCGCCAGCUGAGGGAUGACCUGAUGACAAUGCUAAUUGCCGGCCAUGAAACCACAGCUGCAGUUCUUACUUGGUCCAUUUUCUUUCUUUCUCAGAAUCCUUCCAAAAUGAAGAAGGCUCAAGCUGAAAUUGAUGCCGUGUUAGGGAAGGGAAAAGUAACCUUUGAUUCCCUAAAAAAUCUGGAGUACAUUAGACUUAUUGUUGUGGAAUCUCUUCGGCUGUAUCCUCAACCUCCUUUGCUCAUCAGACGAUCUCUUAAAUCAGAUACAUUGCCAGGAGGCUACAAGGGUCAGAAAGAUGGAUACAAAAUUCCCCCUGGGACUGAUAUCUUUAUUUCUGUAUAUAAUCUCCAUAGAUCUCCAUAUUUCUGGGAUAAACCUGAUGAAUUUGAACCUGAGAGAUUUUUAGUCCAGAAAACAAGUGAAGGAAUAGAAGGAUGGGAUGGAUUUGAUCCAUCUCGAAGUCCUGGAGCUCUUUAUCCUAAUGAGAUCAUAUCCGAUUUUGCAUUCUUGCCUUUUGGUGGUGGACCGAGAAAGUGUGUGGGAGACCAGUUUGCGCUGAUGGAAUCUACAAUCGCUUUGGCCGUGUUGCUUCAGAAGUUUGAUGUUGAGCUGAAAGGUUCGCCAGAUUCAGUGGAACUUGUGACAGGAGCAACAAUUCACACCAAGAAUGGACUUUGGUGCAAACUGAGAAAGAGAGCUCAUAAGGUGUAAUAAGUUCUCAAGUAACAGUCCAUGUAUUGUAAUCCGGCUAGUGGAUGUCAGUAAAAUAGUGUACCUCACUGUGUUUUUAAAGUUGAAAAGAUAAUAAAUAAAAUUUUGAAGAAAGAAUCAUAGGUGGGGAGGAGCACCUGUGUCUUGUACACGUGUACUCUAAUGUUUUUUUUUGUUUGAAGAUUUUUGAGAUAAGCAAAACUUUUGAAAUAAGAGUAAAAGAAACGGCAAUUUAUAAAAAAAAAUUCCUUAUUUUA